UGCCGCGGCACCAGAUCACAAACCGACCAACCUCAUUAUUUAUGCGUCCUUGCAGCUCGACGUUUUAUUAUUGUUGAGGUAGUUGCUUUCUGACAGUCGGACAAUUCAGUACCACGGUACGGUACCUACUACUGGUGCCCAGAUGUCAAGGAAUACGUUUCUCCGAAAUCUCGCCUGUAAUUUUUAUGAAUGAACUCACUCGUGUUUUGCCUUGUGAAGUGAAGCACUCGAUAAGAAGUUGUUUUGUUAGUGUUUAGUGAUGUGAUAUCAUUGUUUAUUGUGUCUGGAAUUGUUUAAAUAGUUUAGGCAUAUCCUUGUUAUCUAAUCUGUUAAAAAACAGUGAGUUAUGUGAGUUGUGUAGUUUACAAUGGGAAAAAAUGCCAGCAAACUUAAGAAGAGGUCCAGUUUACAUAAUCUUUCCUGGAGCAGGUUUGGUUCCCUGCCAAUCCGCAACAAAACUAAAAGAGAAAAUGUUCGUCUCAAACACAAGGACAUCGAGGUGUGGCUCAGGGAGCUCUACUUGGAGCAGUACCUAUACAUCUUCCAGAAGUUCAUCGGAGUGGAGGACCUCCUCGACUUUUCCGAGGCGGAAAUCAAAGAUUUAGGAGUAAAAAACUCUUCGCAUAGGGCGAGCAUUAUCAGCAGUUUAACUUUGCUAAGGGCCAAAUAUCAUGAUACAUUUAAGAGGGUACCGAUACGGCACAGUGUUGCUGUUGACAGCGGAAAUAAGACUAAAACAGACAGUGAUUACUUAACGGAGUUAAGGACUGUUAGUGAGGCUACCCAGAGUAAAAGUUUAAACAACUUAAUCAUGGAGCCCACGGCGGAUCCCUCUAUGAACGCCAUAGACCUAAAAAAGGCACUCGAAUGGGAGUUGUCGUUGGACAGCAGGGAUCUUCGCUCCCAUGCUUGGUACCAUGGUGCCAUACCCAGACCAAGGGCGGAGGACAUUGUGCGCGAAGAAGGAGGUUUUUUGGUGAGGGACUGCACGUCUCAGCCGGGGAAUUACGUGCUGACGUGCAGAACCAAAACGCAUCCUCUGCACUUUGUAAUUCACAAAAUUAUCCUACAACCGGACACCGUAUACGAAAGAGUGCAGUUUCAGUUUGAAGAGGAGCCCUUUGAUACUGUUCCCGAUCUAAUAACUUUUUAUGUUGGAUCCGGGAAACCCAUAACAAAUGCCUCGCAAGCAAGGAUUCAAAUUCCCAAGAACAGGAUGUAUCCACUGUCUUUUUAUGCGUCGAAAUACCCAACGCCAUUACCUCAAAGUAGAUUAAGUUCACCAGCGACUACACCAUGUGGGAAUAUGCAGUACAGACACAGCCCUUUGCAACCAUACAGACCUUCUUCUUCUCCAACUAGGCCAUCAAGAGACGCACCCCCCAGACUACCUUCCAAAAAACAAAGAUCUCAUUCCUUAACUCCUUCGGAAGUAAACAGGGUUUCUCAGGAGAAAUGCAACAGCGCAGACGGAGUUAUACAAUCUUCGCUGAUGACCCGAUCAGCCGGAGCGGACUACAUCAAUUCCUCCAUGAAAUUUUCCACGCACUCCCUUCCGCGCACGACGCACGGGAAACUGUCGCUAUCGGCAAGCUCCAGCACUUUGGGCCGAAAUUAUCGGUUAGCCGGCGAUACGGCCCUGUCUCCGUGCGCCGAACGGAGAUUCUUCAACGAUACCGACUCCGGGUUUCCGGACUCGCCUCCACCCAAACCGUCCAGGUUUCCCAUGCUGGUUAGAACAGAAUCCAAGGAUUCUGAUGUGGUAGACGGUCGUCACAGCCAGGACAGUGGGUUUAUUCCUCACGGAAGUCUUCAGAGGGUAACCUCUUACCACGCUUCCGGUUCCGAUUCCGGAAAUGGUUCCGGCGAUUCUGCCUUAAGUUCGGCGACCGGCGAUACAGCAGACUUAAAUCAGAAAAGUUCAGGGGUGAUAAUUAAAAAUCCACGGUAUAACAUGUCUUCGUCAGAAUCUUCCACCACGCUUAAAAACUUCGAAUAUGAUUACGCGGAAGCGGAAGGAAAACUAAUGGAAAUAUAUCCAUCGGAUGUGAUUUUAAGUUCAAGAUUCGAUUUGGAGAACUUCCAGACGUUGCUUCUCCCUGUUAAUGAAAACAAACCUCUUGAUAACCAGGCUUUAAGACGGAUAAAACUGACUUUAAAAGAAUCCGGAUCGAGAAUAAUAGCCAAUCAUCUCACAAAAACCGAUUUAGAUCUAAUAUUUUCCAAGGACGAACCUAAUUGCGGCCCUACCGUGAAAACGAAAAAAAUCAACGGCAUUGAACUUUGUUCUGUGCCUCAUGGACAGCAAUUUAGAAUGGACCUUAUAGAGAGAACAAUCUGUCUGAAAUUACUAGUAGCAAUAACAAUUUUAACUUGUAACGACAUUGAAGACAGAACAGAAACGCUUAAUAAAUGGAUAGAAAUUGCAAUUGACACCAAAACGGCUUUGGGAAACCUAUUUGGGUUUUGUGGAAUUAUGCUGGGUCUUUGCACACCUCAGAUUGAAUCUUUGACGACAACUUGGCACACGCUCCGUCAAAAAUACACGGACUCAGCGUUCAAUUUCGAGGCAAAACUCCGGCCAACUUUAAAAAACAUGAACAGUUGCUCAAACCCGCAAGCGCCGAACACCACUAUACCACACAUGCUGCCACUAAUUUUACUUCUAGAACGUAAUUUAAACGAUUUUCUAACGCCCAACGAACAACCGCCCCUUGCACAGAGUUGCCUUGGACCGUGGGAAACAAACACGCAAGAUUUCGGCUUGAGCACACUUUUGGCGCACAUGCAGGCCGCCAGGAAGUACAUGGAAUCCAGCGGAACUUUCCAAAGGAACGCGGAAAUUGUAUUGGGAGAGGCCAGAAUGGAUGAACUGACGCUGGAUAUGUUUAGAACGGAGUUCCAGUUAAAGUUUUUGUGGGGAAGUCGGGGUGCGUAUGCGCCACCUAUCGAGAGACACUCCAAGUUCGAUCAGGUUCUUAGUAUUAUGGCUGAAAAGUAUUGCGCAAUUAAAGAGGAAACGGAAGUGUAAUUUAAAAUCGGGUUAAGUUUAGCGCACCCUCUAUCGACCAAGCAAAUAACUGAGGUAAAUAAUAUAGCAUUUUUUUAACUAAGAAAGUUCAAAUUGUGAUCAUAAUAUGUAUAUAGUUUUAUAAUUUGUAUAUUAUUAAAAUAAAAUCACCAAAACAUAUGCGAAAGUAGCCAUUUAGCUGGAUGUUUUUAUAUAAUUUUGUAUAUAGAUAUUUCCUAAAUUAAGCAUUUUAAAUCUUAUUUCACAUAUCAAAAUCAAAAUUUCUUUUA